AUGCCGCGCUUUACUCCAUCACGAGCUCCCUCGUCCUCUUUAACUCCGAGUUCGCAGCUGCCUGCCCCAUUUUCCCCGCUCACUCUCCCUUUCAAAACCACCUCGAGGCUGCAAAGCAAGGGACAUCGACUGUCGAUUCAUACCAAGCUCAACAAGCUCAUCACCGCGCGCCUGCCUCUCGCUCUCCCCCCACACUCCGCCUCACCGCGCAUUUACGCUUAUGGCCUCCUACACUUUGCCCACGUCUACCUGACGUUCGAAUCAGCAUGGCAAGACUUGAUCAACCACGCGCCGGCAACCUACAACAACCCGGCCCUCUCCUCGCUCCUCGAGGACCCAUGGGUCUCCGUCACCACGCCUCCCUCCUCUAGCAGCGCCAGCGGCACCACCUCGUCUUCCUCCACCGCGACCCCCGCCUCGCCCUCCUCCCCCAACGCCGACGCGAACGACAACGACCCCCUCGACCCCGCCCUCCUCACCUUCCUCCGCACACUCCUGCCCGCCGGGCUGCCUCGCAGCAAGCGGCUGCGCCGCGACCUGGCAGCCUUGCUGGGCCUGCGUCCUGUCGAGCUGGACGUGCGCCUCGCGACGGCGGGCUACCCUGGCAACGGGCGCGUCGCCGCCUACGCCGCGCACAUCCGCCGCGCGGUCGCCGCGCGCCCGCACGUGCUGAUCGCGUACGCGUGGGUCAUGUACAUGGCCGUGUUCGCGGGCGGGCGCUGGAUCCGCGGACAGCUUGCGUCGGGGGGACGGGAGUUUUGGGAGGGUGGUGAUGUCAUCGACGACUCCGAGACCGACAAGACGACGGAUGGCGGCAACACCAACGACGACAAAGAGGGCGGUGGUGCAAGGAAGGCGCCAGGCAUCAACUUCGACACGCUCGGCGACCGCGGCCUCGCCUUCUUCAGCUUUGACGGCGCGCACGACGGCGAGGACAUCAAGGCCGCGUUCAAGGCGCGCUUGGAGGACGCCGAGGCCCUGCUGUCGCCGCGGCAGCGCGCCGAGGUCGUCGCGGAGGCGCAUGCCAUUUUCGAGUGGAGCAUCGCGCUCGUCGAGGAGCUGGAUGAGCUGCUUGACACCCCGGAUGCGGACGCCAUGCCGAAGCCGCUGAAGGGACAUGGCAGGCCGGCGCCGGUGUCGGAGAAGGAGAAGAUGAUGGAGAAGGGAGGAGCGGAGGCGAUGGCUCCGGCUGCCCGGCAGCAGGGCAACAAGGACUGGGUAAGGCAGGGUGGAAGUAUUGCCGGGGCCUUGGUUGUCUUGGGGGGAGUGUAUUGGUGGGCGGCGUACUGCCUCGGCACGGUGCUGAGGGAGGGAUGGCAUGAGGGAUGGGCGGGCUUGUGA